UUUUUAAACAAAUUGUCAUCAACAAUAUAGUUGCAUUUCUUGAAACAGUAAAUUUUUAAUUUGUAUAUACGUUAUUUAAGUUUGCGAUUGCUAAAAUAAAAGUUUAGACGAAAAUUUUUCAAAAUGUCGUCUACCGCCGGUUCGGCAUUGCUGAAGCCAUUCGUUCACUGGGGACAAAAUAAGCAGUUUGUGUUCGUUAGAGUUGAAAUCGCUGAGAUCGAAGAUAGCCCAACAAUAGAAAUUUUAGAAGAAAAAUUAAAUUUCAAGGCUUAUGGACUUGGAGUUACUGGGAUGAAUUUUUAUGGGUUUUCAUUGGAUCUCUACCAUAACAUUAAUAUUCUGAAAAGCAAGUACAAGAUAACAGCCAGGGGUGUGGAGAUUGAAUUAAAAAAAGUUGGAGGUGAUGAUGAAAAUGGCGCCUGUGAAAAAUGGCCCCGCCUCACUCACACCCCUAAAAAACUUUUCUGGUUGAAAACUGACUUUGACAGAUUUGCAUUUGACUCUUCAGAUGAGAGUUCCGAGAAUGAAGCUAAUAGUGGGAAUGGCUUUAAUGAGUUUGGAGAUGGUUAUUAUAAAAAUGCAAACAAAGAAAUGGUUGAUAGAUUUCACAGGCAGUUCAAAGAGGCUGAUUCAGAAACAUCAUCAUUUGAUACUCGCAAACAUUUGAAGACCAUUUAUCUGAUGCUCUAUAACCUCUUCCAAUGGAUUGGUUACGUUUAUAUCUUCUCCAUGCUAUUGGUCAAACUCUAUUUGGAAGGGCCAGAAAGCAGGAAGGCAGCAUUUAAAACAUUCGGUCCGCAGAUGAUGGUCUGCCAGUCAAUAGCCGUCUUAGAAAUUUUUCACUCUUUGCUUAGAUGGGUUAAAAGUUCUUUGGUGACCACGUCACUUCAGGUUUUAGGUCGUGGUUUUGUACUCUUCGUCGUCAUCCUCCCAGAGUCGAAGCUGCACGAGCGAGAUGUCGUCUGGUGCCUAUUUUUAACCUGGUCUGCCGUCGAGAUUGUGAGGUAUCCAUACUACAUGCUGACUAUCUUGAAGAGAGAGGUUGGACUGAUAACGUGGCUUAGGUACACUGUGUGGAUUCCUUUAUACCCUCUGGGCUUUAUUUUUGAAGGGACAGUAAUGUUGAUCUCACUUCCAUUGUUUGAGGAAUCGAAGAAAUUCACAUAUCCCCUCCCGAAUCCCCUCAACAUCUCUUUCUACUUCACUAUCUUCCUACAGCUGUACAUGUUGCUUAUGCUUCCUGGUUCAUAUUUCUUGAUGCAAAGAAUGUAUGAACAAAGAAAGAAGAAACUGAACGAAAAUAGCGAUAAUAAGAAGACAUCUAUCGGAAAAAAAACUAAAUAAUGAUGAUGAUUGUGGUGAUGAUGAUGAUGAUGUACGUACGUAUUGUUUUGUUAUUAAUCUUACUGUUGUGUCAAUAUUUCUUCCUGUUUAAAUUGCUCUGGGUGUAUUAUUUAUGACAUUUAUUAUUAAUAUUAUUAACAAUAAUAAUUCAUAAUAUUUUUAAUAAUUCAAUCGAAUAUUACAAUUU